AUGCCUUUCGCCGUCGGUACUUCGACUACCAGGCAGGACCUCGCCGUUGCCCAGGCUGAGGCGCCUCAGCUGGCCAAGGUCAAAUGGUGGACUGAUCCUGGAAUGCGACAGCUGUACUUUUAUGCUGCCAUUCUUUGUGUCUGCUCUGCUACCACAGGUUACGAUGGUUCUAUGUUGAAUACUUCCCAGGCCAUGGACGAUUGGCAGGAGUACUUUGGUCGUCCCACAGGCUCCAAACUUGGUAUUCUCAACUCUAUCUACCAGAUUGGUAGUAUCGCCAGUUUCCCAUUCGCUCCCUUCAUGGCCGAUCACUUUGGUCGCAGAAUCCCCAUUAUUGUGGGAUGCCUUAUCAUGAUCGUUGGAGCUUUUAUCUCAGCCUUCACUGAUGGCUAUGGCAUGUACCUUGGCGGUCGAUUCCUCGUCGGUUUCGGAAACUCCCUGGCCCAGCUGUCUUGCCCUGUCCUCCUUACCGAGAUCUGCCACCCUCAGCACCGUGCCAUCGUCUCCGCCAUAUACAACUGCCUGUGGAACCUGGGCGCCACACUCUGCGCUUUCAUCGGUCUCGGUACGAUCAACAUCAACAGCAACUGGUCAUGGCGAUCCAUUACUUUGAUCCAGGCCGUGCCAUCCUUGAUUCAGAUUAGUUUCAUUUGGUGGAUUCCUGAGUCCCCUCGUUGGCUCAUGGCUCAUGAGCGUCAUGAAGAAGCGCUUGGCAUCCUCGCAAAAUACCACGCCAACGGCGAUGCCAACAAUGCGACUGUGCAGUUCGAGUACAACGAAAUCAAGGAUACAAUUGCCCUAGAGUACCAGGCUCAGAAGACUGGCAGCUACCUCGAUUUCCUUCGAACUCGCGGCAACCGUUACCGUCUCAUGCUCCUGAUCUCCCUAGGUAUCAUCUCGCAGUACUCUGGUAACGCUUUGAUCAGUAACUACUCCAACAUUAUUUACGAAGGCGCUGGAAUCAAGGACCAAGCCCAGAAGACCGGAUUGAACGCUGGAGAGAACAUGUUGAAGCUCUUCGUUGCUAUUGGAUGCUCGAUGGGAAUUGAUAAGUUCGGUCGUCGUCCACUCUUCCUUACUGCCACUGUCGUGGUACCCUUAGGCAUGCUGUUAUUCUUCCUGGCCUGGACUAUUGUUGCAGCCCGCUUCGAAGCCGGCGGUAAGGUAGAGAUCAAGCGUCUCGGAUACCCUCAGAUUGCCCUCAUCUGGCUCUUCGAUGUCUGCUACUCCAUUGCCUGGUCUGGUCUGAUUGUCGCCUACGCUCUGGAGAUUGUCCCAUUCAGACUCCGAGCCCGUGGUCUCAUGAUCAUGAACUUCUUCAUCCAGGUUGCUCUCACCAUUGGCAACCAAACCAACCCCAUUGCUCUCGAGAACCUUCCCAACAACUGGAACUUCUGGUGCUUCUACACUGUUUGGAUCGCUGUCGAGCUUGCCUUCGUGUACUUCUUCUACAUUGAGACCAAGGGCCCAACUCUUGAAGAGAUUGCCAGGAUCUUCGAUGGUGAUGAUGCCAAUGUCGCACAAGUUAACUACCACGACACUGAGAAGCAGGCUGCUAUCGAGACCACAGAACACGCACACAACCCCGAGCGCAAGGAUCUUUGA